AUGAUAUUGAGCUUGCAUCCGCAGAUUAAUCGUGAUCACGUCGUGGAGGCGGUCGCCGGUGCAGUGUGGACACAUCGAAGCCGUUACAUCCUUCGACUGAACCAGUCUGACAAUAUGGGCGUCCGAAACAUCGCUCCAUCGCUCAUGAUAAUUCUCGGCAAAGAUCAGGACGCCUAUGACUUCAUGAAGUGGCACGGCACGGCCGGUCAGGACUCGCAUUAUGACUGGGGUGACAUGAGUCUGCCUUUCCUCGAUCUCCAUGGCGAGGGUGCCUUUGAAGCGCUCGCGGAAGGAGACUGGACGGACGAGUACGCCGAUCUUGCCCACCAAGCUGCGCUCACACUGAUCAAGUUCCGCCUGCUGUUGGACUUGUACUCCCUUCAGUCUUCCAUGCGUGAAGUCACGGAGCAGCUCCCGCAGGAACUUGUCGACAACAUCCGGAAGCACCUCAUUUCCGACAUUGUGGCCGGUCAUGCAGGACUCAUGCAGGACGUUCGGGACGGCGUUUUCAUCAAAGCGUACAUCGAGAACAUUGAGUCGCAAAUGAAUGCUAUGUUUGAUGUUAUACACAAGGCAAACAAGCACUUUUGGCCCGCGAUGGUCAACCCCGGAAGCCACCUGACUGCGAGGCCUGAGUACACAGGCCAGGGCUCGGUCAUGGAGAUGCAGGUCGAACUACAGAAUGCGUAUCCAGCCUGGAAACAGACUCCUGGCGCCAUCGAUUGGAUCGAGGCAAAGCUAGGUAGUUGA